CUUUUCUUUCAUUGUUUUGUGUACUCAUACCUACAUACACACUUACCCAUGUAUAUUUAUGCAGUUGUACAUGCACAAAAAACCAAAGCUUCAUGAUGUCGCGUAUUGUUGAGCCACUGAUUGCAUUAACAGAGGUCUGGUACAUUAUAUUUAUACCUACAUAAGUACGCUAAAGUAUGAGAAUGCAUUCCAUAUUUUUCAACAUUAUAAAAUUAUCAAGAUUGCCAAGUUGCUUUUUGCAUCUACAAUGUGAUGAUAUCCCAUUCUCACAUCGGGUGAGUCAUACGUCAUGGCCAUUGUGAAGUCCAACAGUUGUUAUGCGAUAUGUUAUCAAUGUAUUUUGUUUAUGAAUACAAUGUUGCUGGAAAUCGUGUGUUAAUGAAGGCAUCAAAUAAUAACAAAAAAAGGAAAUUCAGAUUGUAACAAAAGAAGUACCCAAACAAUUUUUUUAAAGACUACUGCAUAGAGCGUGCUGUUUAAUUGGCCCAAGGUUUAAAAUAACAAAUUAGGGUUAAUUUAAUUUGAUCAAACUAAUUUUAGAUCUUAUGAUACCUAUACAAAUGCCAUUUCAUUUAUUUAUGUACAGCUUUUGUAGCAUUAAAUAUAAACUACGUAAAUCGAUUUUUCCUGAGAAACUUGGAACUCAUGCGGUGGGCCAUAAGAAACAUGAUACAUUCAUCUGUUAACAUAAGCCUCAUGUACAAAACUUAAAUUAUAUUUGUGUACUAUAGUACGCAAUUUAAAAGAAACCGCUUUGAAGAUGGAAAACUUAAAGCAAUAGUCAGCAUUGACAUAGAUCUCUAUCUCUUUUACCAAAGUAAUGUAUGUAUGUACUAAGCUUUCAAUGAAGGAAAUUUAUUCAUAUGAAGACAACUAUCAGAUAGACGCACACACAGUCAUAUUAAUAUGCAUUUGCGGUUUUGAACUGUUUCACUAUUCAGUUUUCAAAUUACAUUCCAUUCGAUUCAUCUACCAUGUAUUUGUUCUACAGGAAAGGCGGCGUUUCUCAAGCAAAUGUACCAUUUGUGGGUCCCGAUGAAGUGCCACCACCGUAUCAGGCCAACACUGGCACCGGUGUACCAAUGGUUACAUGUCGCGUGUGCCAAAAUAUGAUCGAUAUCACAACAAAACGAGAUCAGCACGUAGUGAAAUGCAGUCAUUGCAAUGAGGCAACGCCAAUACGCAACGCUCCUCCAGGCAAGAAGUACGUGCGUUGCCCAUGCAACUGUCUGUUGAUUUGCAAGAGUUCAUCGCAGCGCAUUGCUUGUCCUCGGCCAAAUUGUAAGCGCAUUAUUAAUUUAGCACCAAGUCCGGUUACGCCACCCGUACCGGCCAUGCCGGGCAUGUGUCGUGUUACUUGCGGUCACUGUUCAGAUACAUUUCUGUUUAACACAUUUCACAAUGCUCUAGCGCGUUGUCCCCAUUGCAGGAAAGUGUCAUCUGUUGGCUCGCGCUUUGCUUGCGGACGCGGUAUGUUGUUCGCUGUACUUGGAAUGUUGUUUUUCAUUGCGGGCAUUGGUAUUACUGUUGGCACAUACAAAUACGCACAGGAUCACGGUGGUAUUAUAAUUGCUUAUGUUGGCCUCUUUCUGAUCGCAGCCUUUUUAUUAGCACGUUCGGUUUACUAUUUCCGUUUAAAAGUGAGCGCUAUAGACGGUCCAAUGUAAGGGCGAAUUUAAAUGUUUUUGUAUCAUUCCUUUUGAUAUUAACAAAACAAUUGAAAACAUAAAAAACUUAUAUUCAUAUAAACAAAGCCAGAGGGUA